AUGGUCCUGCUAACCUCACAGACGGUGCUGUUAAAGGGACUCCUUUCCUCCUGGAGAUUAAGAUGCUUGGUAAAGCAACUGGAGAAGGGUGACAUUAAUGUGGUGGAUUUAAAAAAGAAUAUUGAAUAUGCAGCAUCUGUCCUGGAAGCAGUUUAUAUUGAUGAAACCAGGAAGCUUUUGGACACUGAAGAUGAGCUCUCUGACAUCCAGUCAGAUUCAGUCCCACUGGAAGUGCGGGACUGGUUAGCUUCUACAUUCACGAGGGAAAUGGGAAUAGCAAAGAGGAGACCUGAAGAAAAGCCCAAAUUCCGAAGCAUUGUGCACGCUGUACAGGCUGGGAUUUUUGUUGAAAGGAUGUAUCGAAGAACUUCUAGCAUGGUUGGUUUGGCAUACCCAGCAGAAGUCAUAGUAACAUUUAAGGAUGUUGAUAAAUGGUCUUUUGACGUAUUUGCCCUAAAUGAAGCAAGUGGAGAGCACAGUCUGAAAUUUAUGAUGUAUGAGCUGUUUACCCGAUAUGAUCUUUUGAGCCGUUUCAAGAUCCCUGUUCCCAAUCUUAUUUCAUUUGCUGAAGCUCUUGAAGUUGGUUACAGCAAAUACAAAAAUCCAUAUCACAAUCUGAUCCAUGCAGCUGACGUUACUCAAACUGUGCAUUACAUAAUGAUUCACACUGGUAUCAUGCACUGGCUCACAGAACUGGAAAUUUUAGCAAUGAUCUUUGCAGCUGCCGUCCAUGAUUAUGAACAUACUGGGACCACAAACAAUUUUCAUAUUCAGACAAGGUCAGAUGUUGCAAUAUUGUACAAUGAUCGUUCUGUUCUUGAAAAUCAUCAUGUAAGUGCUGCUUAUAGACUCAUGCAAGAAGAAGAGAUGAACAUCCUAGCAAAUUUAACCAAAGAUGAUUGGAGGGAGUUGCGUAGCUUGGUCAUUGAGAUGGUCUUGUCUACAGAUAUGUCGGGUCAUUUUCAACAAAUUAAAACAAUGAGACAUACUCUACAGCAGACAGAAGGGGUAGACAAAGCCAAAGCCAUGUCUUUGAUUCUACAUGCAGCAGACAUAAGCCAUCCAGCAAAAUCCUGGGAACUGCACUACCGGUGGACCAUGGCCCUCAUGGAAGAAUUUUUUCGACAGGGAGACAAGGAGGCUGCUUUAGGUCUUCAAUUUUCCCCACUCUGUGACCGCAAGUCUACUUUGGUAGCUCAGUCCCAAAUAGGUUUCAUUGAUUUCAUAGUAGAGCCAACGUUUUCUCUUCUUACGGACUCAAUGGAGAAAAUUGUUAUGCCUCUCAUAGAGGAAGCGUCAAAAUCUGAAAGUCCUGCAUUUGGGACACCCAGCCAAAAUAGUUUGGGAGCAGUAAGCAGUGCUGAAGCACAAAGACGACCCAGUUUUAAAAGUACAAGUGAUGGAGGGACUCAUACAGAAAAUUCUCUAGCAACUGUAGACCUAAUGAGCUUUAAGGACAACUUGAUGAAGAUCAUUCAAGCUAACAAAGAAAGAUGGAAAGAAUUAGCAGUAGAAGAAGAACUUGUGAAAAAUGUUGGUGAACAGGAAAAAGACCAAAGCAGAAAUUCCACAGAUGCACAGUUACAGGAAGAGACAACAAGGAUACAAAAUGAGAGUAGUCAGGGAAGCGAUGGUACAACCUGUCCUCCCAGAUCCAUCGUCCUACAAGUAGUCUCUUUCGACACUCCUCUGAGUGAUGAAUCCAACUCAGAAAAAUGCACUAACUCUGAAUCGAACCAGAAAGAUCUCACCGAUGCCCAGCAAGAAACACAGAAUACAGACCCACUGAAUGGCGAGCCUAAACACCUUAAGAAGUCAGAAGAUAUAGUAAAAGCCACUGAGCAGAAAGAAGCACUGAUACAGAACUAG